AUGUCUUCAAAGCCCCAGAAAGUGUAUAUCUCCAAAGGUCAGACUCUGGAUAGACCCAUCUCACUGACUUUUAUGAACAGCCUGCCGAUCUCUGUUCGCUUGACCCGCUUCUUUGAGAGCAUCUACCUCUGCCUCGGCUUGUACUUAGUGACUCUCUUCUCCUUCGAUCCGUACGCGACCGCUCAGCGUUCUCGGUUCAAUAAAUAUGGUUCAAAGCCUACACCUGGUCGGCUGAAUCGUGGCACGGGCUUCUUCGGUGGCGGUGGUGGAGGUGGUACUUCAGGUGGUGGCCCUCCACCCCCGGGUUCAGGGAGACCUAUCGGGCGGGUAGAUGAUAUUCGCGGAACUUGCGAACUCACCAUGAAAUCCCCACCGACAACCAAUACCGAAUGGAAAGAGCUGAUCUCCAAGCUAAUUGAGCGUAUACCCCAAAACCUGGACACACCAAGAAUCCCACAGAACAUCCCCCAGCUAAUCGACCACACGCUCCUAAGCGUCCCGGCAACGCCAGAACAAAUCGACAAACUCUGUGCCGAAGCCAAAGAAAAUGACUUCGCCUCUGUCUGUGUCAGACUGGAACACGUUGCACGAGCAGCGUCUCAUUUAAAAAAUACGCCCAACACCGUCGUAGCAUGCGUCGUCGGAUUCCAUGAAGGAACCCAAGACACCAGCAUAAAAGUGCAGGAGGCCGAAUCGGCCGUUCAAUAUGGCGCGUCCGAGCUGGACAUGGUGAUCAACUGGCCUCUGCUCAAGGAGGGCGAGUACACGAAAGUUUACGAUGAUCUGAUCGCUGUACGCAGUGCGGCACCCGCACCGGUGAUAUUGAAGGUUAUCUUGGAGAUCUCCCAAUUGAACAGGGACCAAAUCAUCGCUGGAACGAUCGUGGCGGGCACUGCUGGUGCUGAUUUUGUGAAGACAAGUACCGGGUUCUGUGGUGGCGGGGCCACUGUCGACUCCGUGUCUUUGAUGAGUCGCAUUGUCGAGUCUUGCUUCGCUGGAUGCAGGGUCAAAGCUAGUGGGGGAGUUCGUUCAGCGGUUGAUUGUCUUUCCAUGGCCAAGGCUGGGGCUACGCGCAUUGGUACCAGUUCCGGAAUCAAGAUCGCAGAAGAAGUCAGCAAAGUUGAACUCUUAGGACAAUUAGCGAGAAGUGAAGCACCAAGUGAAUCAUCUGGGCAAGCUUAUUAG